ACUCUAAAAGAAAACCAAAAAUUUGGUAAAAAGAGUACUGGAAAACAAAUGUCAAAAAAAGUAAGAGCUUUGUUAGAAGAAUUUUUUAUAGCAGAAAAUGCAAACAAAAGUAAUUAUUAUAGCACUCAAGACAUGUACAAAGAAUUAUUAAAAUGUGCUAAAGAAGGUGAAAUUUCUGAUGAAAAAGUUCCUAAACUUAUUACUAUCCAAAAUUGGAUAAUGAAACUAUGGCUAAAUAUCGAGAACAUAUAG